CUUGACGGUUGCAAGUAAUAAUUUUUGUUUCUGUUUCCUUUUUGCUUUAUCAAUUUUCAUAUGUUUUAAUUUUUAAGUAAUUAUUUACACGCGAUGAAACGUGAGCUUAACAGGAAGGAAGAUGUUUCAUUCGUUCGAUAACCUUGGGGCUUCUCCGGUCUCAAGUGUCAUUACGGUCAUGCACCGCCAUCCGGUCCCUCCCGGCCUGCCAGCUUAAUGCCUCUCAUUUGGUAAGUGAUACUUUACAUUUCUUAUUUUAACAUCGAACUACGUAGAUGGUGCCAAAUACCGGCCUGGUGAGAAGUGCAGGGAUUGUUAUAUACUUGAUUUAAGGGUGACUUAUUUGCAUUCUCAGUUGUGAUACAGCUUGAUUGCGAUAGGUGGACUGCUGAGGUCACCUUUGGAUGUUAUUGAGUUAUUCGAAUCACAUGACGUGACUUUCCAUUCCAAAACAGCGCUGAUGUAGCUUGUCACCCCGUCGUAAUUUUAAAAGCUCAAAAAGGAGAGUAAAAUGUCUGCACAACCCUAUAUCGAUGUGAUGUGGGUCAAUUCUAUCCUUGGUUUUUUUUUUCCUUUGUUCUAGGCACAGGUAGCCCAAGCUUACUAAAAUGUUGUCGUAUGAAUAAUUAAUUAGCUAAGUAGGAUAAUGUUGUUCAGGGCUCUCAUAGUGAGUUUGGGCUAUCAGUGUUCUAGGGCUUGGUACUACGGUAAUGAGUUUGAAACACAAGGACAUAAACUUUAAACCAGCGAAGAAAUCGAACCACAACAUUGCCAAUAAACCAAAAUGUUCACAUUAUAAAGUUGUAAACAUAACCAAAUUGUUAGUGUACAGGCCAUCUGCCUCAGAGUUGAUUUCAUGUACUGCACGUGAUUUGGUGUGAGUUAAGGUGUCCUUGAGUUUCCUGAGGUUUGACCCUGGCCAUGUCAAAGCAAAAGGCAAGGACCUUUGCUAACGUCUUCUCUUUCGUCUCUUGCGCAUAAAAACUGGAACAGGUGCAAGACCCACGGGGGGUACUCCAGACUUCAAGUGUCAGGGAUGAUCAAAGGAUUUUUUUGGGUUAGUAAUUUUUUUGGGGGGAGGGGGGAUAGGAAAAUUUUUUUUGGUGGCUUGGUUUAAGUAGGGACUUUUUUGGGGAUUCAAAACAAUCUAAAGAUCACAGCUUAGCUGACAGAUGACCAAUAACAUCGCCACAUAAUUGACCAGUCAGGUCAAUAACCAGAGUAUAAUACCAUCAACUGAUGAUGACUACCAUACAGGUUGUCGAAACGUCAGUCACUGUCAACAACAACAGUCCUAUUCGGGACUACGUUCACCCGGAUGAUCAAACUCAACCUACUUUUGAAAUGACUCCUGGGUUCAAACCUUUCACAAAUCUAAAUAUGGUUGGUAGUGCCAGCGUAUCCCAGCCACAAACACAAAUUUCGGGUUUUGAUUUUUGCAACCAUUUGAUCAUCCCUAUUAUGUGAAAUCCAGACUACCCCCUUGAGGUGCAAGGCUUUGCUCUUUAAAGUAAAAUAGAAGGGUGCCCAGCACUUGAUUUGUAUUGAAUAAACCAAAAUUUUCUAGUCACCCAAGAACAAUAGCCUGGACAGCCUGGAGGUUAUCAACAUACUGCAGUUAGUAGUAAAUGUAGUUUUUUUGUUGUUUAUUGCAAGGUUCACUAUAUGCACAUGAACUUACAGCUGUACAUAUAGUCCUUGAUAAGGACUACGUGUUAAAGUUUCUUUGAUGGCAGCAGCAAAACAGAAAGUAAGGGUGAUAGCUGUUGAAGACUUUGAUCCAUUCCAGCAUGAAAACAGCAUCUUAACAUACGAGCUUGUAAAAGAUGCCCCAAAGCGAGAGGCCCAGUUAUCUUUUCACAAGGGACAGUGCUUUGAGAUUCUCACCAAGAGUGUAAAAAGCUGGUGGUUAUAUGUGAGAUGUACCACAAGUGGCAGUGAAGAAGGGUUUAUACCAAGCGCUUUUGUUGUUCCAUUAAAGGAAGAUCUGGGUGGUGAUAGGUUUGUGCUUGAAAAGAUUUGCUUUUUUACUUUUUUAGUUGGUUGCACAUGUUAAAGACACUGUAUACGGUUCUUAAAUUUUAGGCUCAAUCAUCUUAUGGAUUGUGGUGAAGUAUUACCAACAAUGGUUAAUAGACAGCUUGAUUUAAAGUUUUUCCCAAAAGUAGCAACACUGACAACACCCAAUGAAAUGACUGAGUCUACCAGGGUAAGAAAAAUAUGUCAUUGGUCUAAUGACUUAAAGCAUUGACAUAUUUUUUAAUGGCAAUUCCUAUUUCUUUUCUCCUGUAGAAACCAUGUCCUGAAAAAGGAGCCAAUUUCUUUUCAAGAUUGACAUUUUGGUGGCUAAAUAGGUAACAUCUAUUGCAAUAUUUUAAACCUGAGAAUUUGUAUUUCCUUUGUACUCUAAAUCUCCUAAUCUUAUCUCAGACUUAGAAAGUGCAGAAUCAUGCUGUGGUCAAGGUGCAAAAUAGAAUUCUUGUUCUUUCCAUUUUGCUUUGUUCAUUCCUUGUACUGUGUAUUCCAUUUAUAAGAUGGGUCUCUCGAAUGUGCAUAAAUAAGCACUGGUGGCAUAUUACUAAAGUUGACAGCAUCAAUAUUCAGUCCUGUUCAUGAGAGGAGUUUAUUCUUCCCUUGGAGAAAAACUUAGAUUUCUCUUUUACUUUAACCGCUCAUUUUAUCUUCAACAGUUACAUCUUCUAACUACAGGUAGGUAAGAAAAAGGAACCUGUAUUCCCAAUGGCAGCUCACUUAGUAUGUGUUUGUUGAUACUUUACAGACUGAUUAUAACUGGCUACAGGAGAGCUCUCCAGGAAGAUGACUUGUGGUUAUUGGAUGAGAGAAGUCAGUCGCAUCACGUUGUACCUAGACUUCGCAAAGAGUGGGACCAAGAAUUGAGAAAAUCCUGCAGGUAUGUAUGUACAUGUAGAUAGGGAAAAUAAUGACCGAGGGACUGUACUUUGAGAUCCUAGUGAUGGACUGUGAGAUGAAGGUUUCUAGGGUGGGUAAUAUGUAUUGUUUAGUUUCUGUGUUUUUUGUAUCAGUAGGAGAGUGAAUUAAGAAAGACAAUGAUUUUGUUUUACCAAAUGAGUUGAUAGCUGGUUAGAAUAGACACUGUCUGGGAAUUGAGAAGCUGAUGUCUCAGGCAGUAGGUGUUGGUGUGAUGUUAUUGGUGAUAACGUUGAAAACAAGAAUAUAUACUGUAAGUUGAGUUAUGUUACUGUUAUUCAUUUUACCGUGUUCUCAUCAAUAACACAGCUCCAACAACUGAUAUAUAACACACACACACAACCUACAAAGACAAAAACAUAACAGUUUUACAAGGAAGGAUAUAUUUNUCCUAUUUCUUUUCUCCUGUAGAAACCAUGUCCUGAAAAAGGAGCCAAUUUCUUUUCAAGAUUGACAUUUUGGUGGCUAAAUAGGUAACAUCUAUUGCAAUAUUUUAAACCUGAGAAUUUGUAUUUCCUUUGUACUCUAAAUCUCCUAAUCUUAUCUCAGACUUAGAAAGUGCAGAAUCAUGCUGUGGUCAAGGUGCAAAAUAGAAUUCUUGUUCUUUCCAUUUUGCUUUGUUCAUUCCUUGUACUGUGUAUUCCAUUUAUAAGAUGGGUCUCUCGAAUGUGCAUAAAUAAGCACUGGUGGCAUAUUACUAAAGUUGACAGCAUCAAUAUUCAGUCCUGUUCAUGAGAGGAGUUUAUUCUUCCCUUGGAGAAAAACUUAGAUUUCUCUUUUACUUUAACCGCUCAUUUUAUCUUCAACAGUUACAUCUUCUAACUACAGGUAGGUAAGAAAAAGGAACCUGUAUUCCCAAUGGCAGCUCACUUAGUAUGUGUUUGUUGAUACUUUACAGACUGAUUAUAACUGGCUACAGGAGAGCUCUCCAGGAAGAUGACUUGUGGUUAUUGGAUGAGAGAAGUCAGUCGCAUCACGUUGUACCUAGACUUCGCAAAGAGUGGGACCAAGAAUUGAGAAAAUCCUGCAGGUAUGUAUGUACAUGUAGAUAGGGAAAAUAAUGACCGAGGGACUGUACUUUGAGAUCCUAGUGAUGGACUGUGAGAUGAAGGUUUCUAGGGUGGGUAAUAUGUAUUGUUUAGUUUCUGUGUUUUUUGUAUCAGUAGGAGAGUGAAUUAAGAAAGACAAUGAUUUUGUUUUACCAAAUGAGUUGAUAGCUGGUUAGAAUAGACACUGUCUGGGAAUUGAGAAGCUGAUGUCUCAGGCAGUAGGUGUUGGUGUGAUGUUAUUGGUGAUAACGUUGAAAACAAGAAUAUAUACUGUAAGUUGAGUUAUGUUACUGUUAUUCAUUUUACCGUGUUCUCAUCAAUAACACAGCUCCAACAACUGAUAUAUAACACACACACACAACCUACAAAGACAAAAACAUAACAGUUUUACAAGGAAGGAUAUAUUUUACUCUGAAUGCCUGGUGUGAUCCAUUCAGUUUGAAAAUGUCUAGUUAAGUUUGCCGCCUGUUAAUGUUUACUGUUACUGUUUACUCUUUAGAAAAAGCACACUUCAUGGUCAUAUGGUUGAACAGGACACAGAACGAGUUUGUCUUCAAGGAGACAGUGAUGUUAGGUUUGCUGGGAAGCAAGGAUAUGAGUCAUCACUUGUUAAAGCCAUGAUAAGGGUGUUUGCUCCUUAUUUUGUAAUUGGAAUAUUCUUCGUGCUGCUCAAAGAUGUCUUGCUUUUCAUUCAGCCAUACCUCCUCAGGUAAGUUACUGUGAUCAAUCUAACAGAACAUUAUUUUACAAUCAAAACUCAGUUAACAGUAGGAGAACACAUACAGUAGCACUAGUGAUAUGUGUUUCCCAGGUGGGUAAACACAUAUCACUAGGGAUGUCUGUUCCCUUACCAGGAACACGUGAUGUGUGUUUCCCAGGUGGGGGAACACAUAUCACUACGGAUACGUGUUUCCCAGGUGGGGGAACACAUAUCACUAGGGAUACGUGUUUCUCAGGUAAGGGAACACAUAUCACUAGGGAUAUGUGUUUCCCAGGUAAGGGAACCCGCAUCACUAGGGAUAAGUGUUUCCCAGGUGGGGGAACACAUAUCACUAGGGAUAUGUGUUUCCCAGGUGGGGGAACACACAUCACUAGGGAUAUGUGUUUCCAAGGUAAGGGAACCCAUCUCACUAGGGAUACAUGUUUCCCAGGUAAGGAAACCCAUAUCACUAGGGAUAUGUGUUUCCCAGGUAGGGGAACACAUAUCACUAGGGAUAUGUGUUUCCCAGGUGGGGGAACACAUAUCACUAGGGAUAUGUGUUUCCNUUUCCUGGGAAGCAAGGAUAUGAGUCAUCACUUGUUAAAGCCAUGAUAAGGGUGUUUGCUCCUUAUUUUGUAAUUGGAAUAUUCUUCGUGCUGCUCAAAGAUGUCUUGCUUUUCAUUCAGCCAUACCUCCUCAGGUAAGUUACUGUGAUCAAUCUAACAUAACAUUAUCUUACAACCAAAACUGACUUAACAGUGGGAGAACACAUACAGUAGCACUAGUGAUAUGUGUUCCCCUAGCUGGGAAACACAUAUCACUAGUAAAAUGUGUUUUCCAGUUAGGGAAACACAUAUCACUAGGGAUGUAUGUUCCCUUACCAGGAACACGUGAUGUGUGUUUCCCAGGUGGGGGAACACAUAUCACUAGGGAUACGUGUUUCCCUGGUGGGGGAACACAUAUCACUAGGGAUACGUGUUUCCGAGGUAAGGGAACACAUAUCACUAGGGAUAUGUGUUUCCAAGGUAAGGGAACCUGCAUUACUACGGAUAAGUGUUUCCCAGGUGGGGGAACACAUAUCACUAGGGAUAUGUGUUUCCCAGGUGGGGGAACACGCAUCACUAGGGAUAUGUGUUUCCGAGGUAAGGGAACCCAUAUCACUAGGGAUAAGUGUUUCCAAGGUAAGGAAAGCCAUAUCACAAGGGAUAUGUGUUUCCCAGGUAAGGGAACCGAUAUCACUAGGGAUAUGUGUUUCCCAGAAAGGGGAACACAUAUCACUAGGGAUAUGUGUUUCCCAGGUAAGGGAACCCAUAUCACUAGGGAUAUGUGUUUCCCAGGUGGGGAACACAUAUCACUAGGGAUAUGUGUUUCCUAGGUGGGGAAACACAUAUCACUAGGGAUACGUGUUUCCCAGGUGGGAGAACACAUAUCACUAGGGAUAUGUGUUUCCAAGGUGGGGGAACACACAUCACUAGGGAUAUGUGUUUCCCAGGUAAGAGAACCCAUAUCACUAGGGAUAUGUGUUUCCGAGGUGGGGGAACACACAUCACUAGGGAUAUGUGUUUCCCAGGUAAGGGAACCCAUAUCACUAGGGAUAUGUGUUUCCCAGGUGGGGGAACAUACAUAACUAGGGAUAUGUGUUUCGCAGGUGGGGGAACUCAUAUCACAAGGGAUACAUGUUUUCCAGGUGGGGGAACCCAUAUCACUAGGGAUAUGUGUUUCCCAUAUGGGGGAACUCAUAUCACUAGGGAUAUGUGUUUCGCAGGUAAGGGAACCCAUAUCACUAGGGAUAUGUGUUUUCCAGGUAAGGGAACCCAUAUCACUAGAGAUAUGUGUUUCCCAGGUGGGGGAACACAUAUCACUAGGGAUAUGUGUUUUCCAUGUGGGGGAACACAUAUCACUAGGGAUAUGUGUUUCCCAGGUAAGGGAACCCAUAUUACUAGGGAUAUGUGUUUCCCAGGUAGGGGAACCCAUAUCACUAGGGAUAUGUGUUUCCCAGGUGGGGGAACACAUAUCACUAGGGAUAUAUGUUUCCCAUGUGGGGGAACACAUAUCACUAGGGAUAUGUAUUUCCCAGGUAAGGGAACCCAUAUUACUAGGGAUAUGUGUUUCCCAGGUAGGGGAACCCAUAUCACUAGGGAUAUGUGUUUCCCUGGUCGGGGAACUCAUAUCACUAGGGAUAUGUGUUUUUCAGAUUGGGGAACACAUAUCACUAGGGAUAUGUGUUUCCCAGGUAAGGGAACCCAUAUCACUACGGAUAUGUUUUUUCCAGGUGGGGGAACCCAUAUCACUAGGGAUAUGUGUUUUGCUGUUGGGGGAACAUAUAUCGCUAGGGAUAUGUGUUUUCCCAGGUAAGGGAACCCAUAUCACUAGGGAUAUGUGUUCUGAGAAAUGGGAAACACAUUUCACUAGGGAUAUUUGUUUCCUGGCUAGGGUCGCACAUAUCACUAGAGAUGUGUUUCCGAGUAGGGAACGCUUAAUACUAGUAAAUAAUAUGUGUUCCCCUACUUAGGAAAACAUGUCAUUAGAGAGAUGUUUUUUGCGGUCAUUAUACACCUCUCCUCUCAACGGUGAAUCUCUCAAGAACAAGACAGUAACCAGAGCGACCAGCUCUGAUCUCCAGUUGUCUCUUGACUGAUUGUUUACUUUAUAUUUUUUAAUGUUUUACAGACUCCUGAUAGAAUACACUGAGGAUAAUGGAAAUGAUGCUGAUGCUUGGAAGGGAUAUGUUUAUGUAGUUUGUUUUUUAGUUGUUCAAGCAUUUCAAGUCUCAUUAGUACAACAUUCACUUCACAUAUCAUUUACAUCAGCUAUGAGAGUGCAUACAAGUAUUAUUGGUGUGGUGUAUAACAAGGUAAAGGCCACGCCCCUCGGUACAGAAAUGAUGAAAGUAAAUGACAGUAACACCCUCUCACAUGAUGGGAACUGCACCUCUUGCUUUUCAAUUCUUGUCUCUUCCUGCAGUAGUCUGUGCUGCAUGAUUCUCUUAAUGCAGGACAUCUCUUGUUGAAAGAAAGCCCCCAAAACCAUUGAUGUUAUGCAUGCAAUCAUGCUGUUCCCCUGCCUGGCUUAUGGUCUUUUUUAUAGAUACCCACUUCCUUUUGUAGCAAUCUUUUCAAAUGAAAGCUUGUGCAGUUAGUUUAUUUCUUACAGAAGUCAGAACCUUUCAACCAACCAGUCUGGUUAACCUUUUUCAUACAACUCAUUUGUGGUCCCAUUAAUACAAUUUUUACAACAUUUUCAAAGAAAAUAUCGAGUGGUAAUAAAUUAUUCUAAGCUGUUUGUAAGAUGGUUUAAAGUCUGCAAAGGAUUUUUAUUGCAUUUGGGAGGAAAAUUAUUGCAUAAUGUUCAGAGCACACUGUCGUCAUGCAAUAACUAAUAAAUUUCUAGGGAAUGGGUGAUAAGUUACCCUUGAAAGCGUCUCCUUCUGCUCUGAAAAUGUGCCAGAUGUUCCCUUUGCAUUCCUCUUUUUUUGCUUCAAGAAAUGGGACAUACAUGGCGUAAUAAGAUUACAGAUAUUUUUCAGUGUCAAGGAGGAAAUGUUUAUUGAUAUUUUAGGCCCUAGUAAGGGUCUUUUCUAUUGAUCAUUCUUUUUUUACUGAAUGAUACCUUUUUUUACUUAGGCAGUGUGUCUGAGUCAUAUCUCAAGAAGACUUUCUACAGCAGGAGAGAUGGUUAACCUUAUGGCUAUAGAUGUACAAAAAGUGAUGCAACUUGUGCAGUCAUUUAAUCAGAUCUGGUCGGCCCCUUUCCAAAUCUGUGUCGCCAUUUACUUCCUUUAUGUAACAAUGGGUGUGGCCACCUUGGCUGGAGUGGGUGUGCUCCUAUUGUUAGUACCUCUGAAUCUGCUUUUGGCUCGACUGGUUAGGAAUAUUCAGGUAAACCAUUUUAAACAUUGCAGGUCACUGCAUGUAUCCAAUCACACCAGAGUCAAACACAACACAAUAAGAAUUUUGGUUUGAGCAUAUCCUUACAUGAAGGCACUUCCUCAAGUCUUUAUUGACCCAUUCACAGCUGAUCAUUUUAAGCAUUUAGUUAAACCAAUUAGCUUGUUCUCAGAAAAGGUUUUUCAAAUAUUAUUGCUUGUCUCAUGAGUAAGUUGUUAGCAAGUCUCCAUCAGGCAAGGGCUGACUGGAAAUAUAUCACCAAAGCUUAAUGUGUAUGAUUUCAACGACUGUUCUCCAGAUUAUUUUUGCUCAAUAUAUUUGCAGGUGAAGCAAUUGAAACACUCUGACGAACGUAUAAAGUUGAUGAAUGAAGUGCUGAGUGGUAUUAAGGUUUGACAAUAACCAUUAACAUUACAGAUAUGUGUUUCCCAGGUGGGGGAACACAUAUCACUAGGGAUACGUGUUUCUCAGGUAAGGGAACACAUAUCACUAGGGAUAUGUUUUUCCCAGGUAAGGAAACCCGCAUCACUAGGGAUAAGUGUUUCCCGGGUGGGGGAACACAUAUCACUAGGGAUAUGUGUUUCCCAGGUGGGGGAACACAUAUCACUAGGGAUAUGUGUUUCCCAGGUGGGGGAACCCAUAUCACUAGGGAUAUGUGUUUCCCAGGUAAGGGAACACAUCAAACAAGGAAUAUGUGUUUCCCAGGUAAGGGAACCCAUAUCACUAGGGAUAUGUGUUUCCCAGGUGGGGGAACACAUAUCACUAGGGAUAUGUGUUUCCCAGGUGGGGGAACACACAUCACUAGGGAUAUGUGUUUCCCAGGUAAGGGAACCCAUAUCACUAGGGAUAUGUGAUUCCCAGGUGGGGGAACACAUAUCACUAGGGAUAUGUGUUUCCCAGGUGGGGGAACACACAUCACUAGGGAUAUGUGUUUCCCAGGUAAAGGAACCCAUAUCACUAGGGAUAUGUGUUUCCCAGGUAAGGGAACCCAUAUCACUAGGGAUAUCUGUUUUCCAGGUGGGGGAACACAUAUCACUAGGGAUAUGUGUUUCCCAGGUAAGGGAACCCAUAUCACUAGGGAUAUGUGUUUCUCAGGUAGGGGAACACAUAUCACUAGGGAUAUGUGUUUCCCAGGUAAGGGAACACAUAUCACUAGGGAUAUGAGUUCUGAGAUAUGGGAAACACAUUUCACUAGGGAUAUUUGUUUCCCAGGUGCGGGAACACAUAUCACUAGGGAUAUGUGUUUCCCUGGGGGGGGAACCCAUAUCACUAGGGAUAUGUGUUCUGAGAUAUGGGAAACACUUUUCACUAGGGAUAUUUGUUUCCUUGCUAGGGUCACACAUAUCACUAGAGAUGUGAUCCCGAGUAGGGAAUCCUUAAUACUAGUAAUAUGUGUUCCCCUACUUAGGAAAACAUGUCACUAGAGAGAUGUUUUUCGCGGCCAUUAUACACCUCUCCUCUCAACGGUGAAUCUCUCAAGAAUAAGACAGUAACCCGAGGGACCAGCUCUGAUUUCCAGUUGUCUCAUGACUGAUUGUUUACUGUAUAUUGUUUAAUGUUUUACAGACUCCUGAUAGAAUACACUGAGGAUAAGGGAAAUGAUGCUGAUGCUUGGAAGGGAUAUGUUUAUGUAGUUUGUUUUUUAGUUGUCCAAGCAUUUCAAGUCUCAUUAGUACAACAUUCACUUCAUAUAUCAUUUACAUCAGCUAUGAGAGUACAUACAAGUAUUAUUGGUGCCGUGUAUAACAAGGUAAAGGUCACGCCCCUCAGUACAGAAAUGAUGAAAGUAAAUUACAGUAACACCCCCUCACAUGAUGGGAACUGCAUCUCUUACUUUUCAAUUCUUGUCUCUUCCUGUAGGAGUCUGUGCUGCAUGAUUCCUUUAAUGCAGGACUUCUCUUGUUGAAAGAAGGCCCCUAAAAGCGUUGGUAUUAUGCAUGCAACCAUGCUGUUCCCCCCUGGCUUAUAGUCUUUUUUAUAGAUACCCACUUCCUUUUGUAGCAAUCUUUUCAAAUGAAACCUUGUGCAGUUAGUUUAUUACUUACAGAAGUCAGAACCUUUCAACCAACCAGUCUGGUAAACCUUUUUCAUACAACUCAUUUGUGGUCCCAUUAAUACAAUUUUUACAACAUUUUCAAAGAAAUAUCGAGUGCUAAUAAAUUAUUCUUGUGCUGUUUGUAAGUUGGUUUAAAGUCUGCAAAGGAUUUUUCUUGCAUUUGAGAGGAAAACUAUUGCAUAAUGUUCAAAGCAGUGUCGUCAAUAACUAAUAAAUUUCUAGGGGAUGGGUGAUAAGUUGCCCUUGAAAGUGUCUCCUUCUGCUAUGAAAAUGUGCCAGAUGUUCCCUUUCCAUUCCUCUUUUUUUGCUUCAAGAAAUGGGACAUACAUGGCUUAAUAAGAUUACAGAUAUUUCUCAGUGUCAAGGAGGAAAUGUUUAUUGAUAUUUUAGGCCCUAGUAAGGGUCUUUUCUAUUGAUCAUUCUUUUUUUGUCUGAAUGAUACCUUUUUUUACUUAGGCAAUGUGUCUGAGUCAUAUCUCAAGAAGACUUUCUACAGCAGGAGAGAUGGUUAACCUUAUGGCUAUAGAUGCACAAAAAGUGAUGCAACUUGUGCAGUCAUUUAAUCAGAUCUGGUCGGCCCCUUUCCAAAUCUGUGUCGCCAUUUACUUCCUUUAUGUAACAAUGGGUGUGGCCACCUUGGCUGGAGUGGGCGUGCUCCUCUUGUUAGUACCGCUGAAUCUGCUUUUGGCUCGACUGGUUAGGAAUAUUCAGGUAAACCAUUUUAAACAUUGCAGGUCACUGCAUGUAUCCAAUCAUACCAGCGUCAAACACAACACAAUAAGAAUUUUGGUUUGAGCAUAUCCUUACAUGAAGGCACUUCCUCAAGUCUUUAUUGACCCAUUCACAGGUGAUCAUUUUAAGCAUUUAGUUAAACCAAUUAGCUUGUUCUCAGAAAAGUUUUUUCAAGUAUUAUUGCUUGUCUCAUGAGUAAGUUGUUAGCAAGUCUCCAUCAGGCAAGGGCUGACUGGUAAUAUAUCACCAAAGCUUAAUGUGUAUGAUUUCAACAACUGUUCUCCAGAUUAUUUUUGCUCAAUAUAUUUGCAGGUGAAGCAAUUGAAACACUCUGACGAACGUAUAAAGUUGAUGAAUGAAGUGCUGAGUGGUAUUAAGGUUUGACAAUAACCAUUAACAUUACCCUGUUAGGAAUAAUAAUAUUCACAAAGGUUUUACAUUUCAUUGGCUGAACAGAAGCUGCUACUGAGUAUGGUCCCUCUCUUUCUCCACAUCAAAUGUAAAAGACGUAAUGAAGUGAACACCUCUCUGAUACAUUUUUUGCUCUGCUCCGUUGCAAGUUGCCCAGUGAGUGGGUAGAAAUUCUUUUCUGCAACUUGUUAUUGUCGACCAAACUUUGUGUCUUUUCCAAAUGUAAUAAAUAUUAUUUAUGGCAAUCAACCAAACCACAAUCCAGGGCUUUGUAGAUUAAGGUAUUUUCAGUACAUACCCAGUUGUUUCUAGCUCGCAUGUGUGUUUUGUAACUUUCUUGCUACCUACAUCUUCUUUUUCCAGGUACUUAAGUUGUAUGCAUGGGAGGAAUCAUUUAUUAACAAGAUAACAGAAAUAAGAAAUAAAGAGCUGCAUCAUCUCCGUCAAAGCUUGUACCUUAAUUCAGCUGUUGGCUUUACCUUCAUUUGUGCCCCAUUUCUGGUAGGAAGUAAUUUGAUUGUGUUUUGCAUUUUGCUUGAGUCUCUUAUCUUGUAGUUGAUAUGAUCCCACUCUACUGAAAAGCCACAGAAUGUAUGUUUUACAUAUGUUCCGUAUAAAUUAUAGGCAAUCAAAUCAUUUUUUUUUUGUCUUUGAUCUCUGUAGGUUUCUUUGGCCACCUUUGCUGUUUAUGUGUUAAUGGGAAAUGAGCUGACAGCUGCUAAAGCUUUUGUUGCAAUUUCCUUGUUCAAUAUUCUACGUUUUCCUCUUUCCAUGCUACCAAGAGUGGUGGUAAACUUUAUUCAGGUCAGUUAAGUGCAGAAGUAAGUUAGUUAACUCCAUCAUUUAGUUAUAAGAGAGAAUUAGAGGGAAUUAACCCAAGAUCUUUACGUUGAAAACUUCGUUCCCUGGAGUGAGUUCUGAGUACAGGUUUAAUUGACAUAGCAUUUGCCAUGACUUGGUGUAAGCCAAAGUCUGAAUGCAUAAUUAAAUGUUAUGUGCAUAUGAUGUACAGUGUACUGUUACUUCGGGCACUUUCCAAAAGUCGGAACUGGCCAGCUGGACUAUGGACAAACCAGUCAUUUUGACAAUGAAAAUUAAUAGGCUUUUUCCAAGAGUUUUUGCGUAAAAACCUUCUCCUUCAUGCUUGCUAUUUAGGAUUUGACUGAUCUGGCUGGAUAGUUUUGAUUAAAAUUGAAAUUCUCAUCAUGAUGGUUAUGGUCUGGCCAGUCAGUUCUGACAAAUGGAAAGUGCCUCAAGUAUUCAGAUUAAUGUAAUAAAGCCAAAACAAAUACUCAGCCAAAUCACAAAAGAUGUCACAAACCAUGUGCUGGCAUUUAGUAUGGAAAAACAAAUGCACGCGACAUGCAAUUUUACUUCUGAUUGGUUGAGAAAUUGGCACCAGAUUUUCUUCGCCAUUCGCACUCAAUAUAAAACCAAAGUAAUUACAGCCAUUGUAGAUUCACGGUUGGGAGAAUCGUGCAGUAUUUAACAGAUGUAUAACAAAUUAUGCAAUCACUAGCCCAUUAAAACUCACCAUUUUACUGCCAGUAUUUAUUUCCGACAUGAAGUUUCAUGUGUAUUGAACCAGAAAAACUCUCAAAGCUAUGCUCUUAAGAUGUUUGUUUUGUUUUGUUGUUUUUUUGGGUGAAUUUCCCGCAGGCUCAAGUUUCAGUCCAUCGCCUUGAGGAGUUUUUGAAGCUAGGAGAAAUACAACCUGAUAACGUCAUACGGAACAUGCCUUCACACCGUAAGUUUCAAUGAGGUCAUCAAUUACUUGGAGAAAAUCAUCUGUUAUUGUCUGCCUUACCUAUUAACAUCCCGAUUCUUCACUUUCCAAGAGUACUGUAAUAUUCAGCAUAAUAAACAGUCACAGGAAAGUACUGCUCAGUAUCUUUCAUUUGAUGGUGACACCUUAGGAUUUCAUCCACAGACUCAAAAGUUAGAUUUACUAUGUACAGUGUAACAAACAGUACCACGGGAAAGUACUGCUCAGUAGCUUUCAUUUAAAUGGUCACACUUCAGGAUUUCAUUCACAGACUCAAAAACUUAGAUCCACCUUUUACAGCAUAAUGAACGGUACCACAGGAAAGUACUUCUCAGUAACUUUCACUUGCGUGUUUACACAUCACAAUCUCAUCCACAGACCCCAAAGAAUAACCCAGUCCUUUUACCGGAAAUUUGAAAAAACACCACCAAAAGGGUCUUGUUGCAGUAUCCAGUAUUUGAUUGGUCGUAGCCAGGUUAAUGGCUGUUAUAGACUUUGACGUUAAGGGUGGGGCCACUCUGGAAAAAUUAGUUCUCGAUCCUGCAGGCCUCGGUUUGGUAUAUAACAAGGGAACUGGGCCCCGGGGCUUUUCCUCUAGAGCUGUCUUUGAUCCUUACCAACGUGAUUCAUUCACAAAUGUCUGUCACAUCAUCAAUGUGUUUCUUGUAUCAGUAGGCACCAACAUUGCAAUUCUCAUUGAAAAUGGCACAUAUUGCUGGGAGAGAAACAAAGACAUCCCUGUCUUAAAAGGGUAGGUGAAAAAAACCCUCUCAUACUCCUCUUUUUUUCAGUUUCUGAGGCAAGUCUUUAAUGUUUCUUUUGUCAUUUGCUUUGAUAGCUACUUUAUCGUUAAUUUUUGUUAUUUUCGACAGCAUUAAUGUAAACAUCCCCAGUGGUUCGCUUGUGGCAGUAGUUGGUCAAGUUGGCUGUGGAAAAUCUACUUUGCUCUCCGCAAUACUUGGAGAAACCGAGAAAACAGACGGCCUUGUUUAUAUUAAGGUUUGUUUAUUUAAAGAAUUCUGAUGAAAACAGUAAAAUAGUUACUUAGAGUCACUUUAUGUUUUUCUUGAUUAAUCUUUGAAAUGGUACAAAAGUGUUUGAGUACUGUCUUUCCCCGAUUAAUUGCCAGGGGCGAUUAUUUCAAAUAUUGUUUACUGGAAGUCGCACCCUAAAUAGUUUGUUUUAUCAUCCCGUUAAAUGAAAAAAAUAAUGACCUCAAAUAAACUGAACAUGGGCCUUUUAAGUGCUCCAAGUCUUGUUUCUUGAGUAUUUCAAUUCAGUUCAGUUUAUUUUCUUUCAAUAUUUUAACUAAUGCUAAGUUACAGCAUUUAUAGAUUGUUGUUUAAAAUAUAAACGUUUCAAUUGAAUUCAUAUUAAAGUUUGAGUAUGAUGGCCAAGUGAACCAUUCAGUGGUUUGGUUUUUCAAUACCAAUAUCCUUGGCGUCAGAGCUUGAAUCGUCACUGAUCAGACUCCACUUCAGCUUCAUGCUCCAGAUUCUCUCCUCCAGGAGGUAUUAGGGAGCUUAAGCAACGACGACGGCGACGUCAACAAGAACGGCAAAAAUGCAAUUGGUUUAGAUUGGCAAAACAACAACUUUGCACGUGCAUCACGCUUUUUUGUACGUUUCUUUGCCGUCACUACACUACUACGACGUGAAAAUGCCUAUUUUCACGUUUUGUGAAGAACGUGAACGCAAGACCACGACUUUCUCUUUCUUCUCCUGAACUUCGAUACCGUCUUUAAGAAUUGAACUCCAGAAAAACAUUGCCAACAUUUGACGAACUGAGCGAGAUGGAAUAAGCGCGAUAAAGUUUGAAGCAGCGCGACUUCACUUUUUAAGUGACGUUUUCGUAGCCGUCGCCGUCGUUUUUGCUUAAGCUCCCUAUUGGGGUGGAGUGGGAGGGGGGGGCGUCGGGCAAUUAUUCGAGGAAGCGAUUAUUUUAAAUAUUUACGUCAAAGAGAGGCGAUUAAUCGAGGGACGGCUAUUACUCGAGGAAAUACAGUAAGUGGGUUUCAUUUCGUGUUGAUCAAGGUAAAGAAUCUGGUGACCUUUUCUGUUUUCUCUGAGGUACAGUAAUCUGCUAAUUUGCUCAAUCACGUGUCUGUUUUUUGUAACUCUACAGGGAAGCACCGCUUACGUUCCUCAACAGCCAUGGAUCCAGAAUGCAACGCUGCAAGAAAAUGUACUGUUCGGACAAUCACAUGAUCCACAACGCUACGAUCACGUGAUAAGGGCGUGCGCUCUUACUCCUGAUAUUGAUAUACUUUCCGCUGGGGAUCUAACUGAAAUCGGUGAAAAGGUGCGAAAUUUGCUGACCUUAGCCGAAUGAGAAAGUGACUGUUUCUCGUGCUGCAUGUUUGUAUGUCGUCUAACUGUGGAAUGAUACAUAUGGUGCUUUUGUCUUUAAGGGUAUUAACCUUAGUGGAGGACAGAAACAGCGAGUGAGCUUGGCUCGUUCAGUGUAUUUUGACGCUGAUAUCUAUCUGUUGGAUGAUCCACUCAGUGCUGUAGAUUCACAUGUAGGAAAACACAUCUUUGAUCACGUGAUUGGACCCCAGGGAUUACUGAAGGAAAAGGUACCAACGACAUCUCCUAAAGAAGACAGAAAAUAUUUACUGUUAGUACAAUGUAACUUGCAGCAUAUGCUGUAUGCACUUGCUUGAAGAAUGUAUUUUUUCCAUUCAAUAACUCACUGACAAUUAUCUUUCAAACCUGUUUUCGUCUCAAACUAACGGUUUAGAGUAAUGCUGUGCUACUGAUCAGUAACAUCUGUCACUGAAAGAUGUUGUAAUAUUUGUUGCUAAGUAAUGAUGUUAUUAUUUCAUUUCAGACUCGUGUUCUUGUGACACACGCUGUGCAGUAUUUACCACAUAUGGACCAGAUCAUUGUACUUCAGGAUGGUGUAAUCUCAGAGGUGUAUGCUUGUUAUAAGAGUUUUUCUACCCCGCCCCACCUCCUCUUUCCAUAAAUAAAGACUUCGUUUCACUUUAGAAUGUGCCGUAUUAUCAAGAAAGUUUGCUCUUUUGUACCAUGCUUACGGUGUGAACAGGAUGUAAUUUGAGAAGAGCAGAGUAACAUCGUGUGGUCUGCAAUGGGAAAGAGGUCAAUUGAUAUGAACCGUCCUCUUUUACUAUCCAACAUGACAAACUUUCUGUAAGGUUGGUUUAGCGUAUUGUAUUUUAUCAGUAACUUGAGCUGUGCUGUACCUGCAGGUUGGGACGUAUGAAGAACUUAAGUCAUCCCAUGGCUGGUUUGCGGAAUUUCUUGACUCCUACGCCAGUGAAAAUGGUUGCCAUAACAGCAGUAAAAGUAAGUAAUUUUACUGGUUGAAACCGAGAGCAAAAGAAAGAGAGGUUACUUAGUUAAGGCGAAUCAAAGACCCCGUAAAAGCGGGAAUAAAUACAGAAGAGCUAAAUACCUACAAAUAACUUAUUAUAUUAAAAACUUAAAACCCAACUCGAAAUCAAUGCUUGCCGAUUUGAACUGGCCUCCAUUGCAGUCAAGGCGCAGGAUAUGCGGUCUCUGCAUGAUUUAUAAAAUACAUAAAGGUCCAGCUAGUCAACAUCUCCCUUCCCUAAGACCUCAUCUCCGUACAAAGGCCAGUCAUGACUUUAAGAUCAGACUCCCAUCCUCUUCAGUUGGCGCUUACAAACACUCUUUUGAUGCAAGAUCAAUCCCCGUAUGGAACUUGUUGCCAGCUGCCGUUGUUAGUUCUUCAUCGUACCCAGAAUUCAUCAGAAGAGUGUGUCUACUAAUUUAACAUAAUAAUGGCAUUUACAGCGUUGUUUUUCAUUUGUUCUGUUACCGUGUAAUUAAGCGACCGCUGGCCGCUCCACUGCCGGAUUAGCAUUAUUUGUAAAGCUAGUGGCAAUUACCAUGAUUAAAGAUUAAAAAUUGUGCUACAUCCUUCCAAGGGCAAUCAUUUAAUCUAAUGUUCAAAUUCUUCUGUCUUCAUAAAUGGCAAUGCUUAUCGCUAACUUCAGUUCUUGUUUGUAUGACAGUGAGAGGUCAGACCCGCCGGGAAGUUAGUGGCUCCAGUCCAUCGGCAGAAAUACCCAAUAAGCCCGCAUUCCAUCGGUCGGUCAGCUGUCAUCUCCCUGGCAACGUGCCUCAUCCACGUCACCAAGCUGCUACUUCACACAGUGAAGUGAACUUAGAGAGACUUGCAGCUGACAAGCACACUGUAAAACAUUCCCCGAUUAAACAGUUACAACAGCUAGAAAGACAAGAGAGUUUAGCUAGUUUACUUUCGUUAAACCACCAACUAUCGUUAUGUGAAGGGAUGGACGCAAAUGAUUUGGUGGAGGAAGAAUUCUUGUUUGAUGGCCGAGAAAUAGAUGAAGGUGAUGAAAGGCAUCUGCAAGUAAAGCCAUUACUGCAACAGCGGCAUAGUAUGGUCAGCGGUAUUUCUGUAAAUAGUUUAUUGUCAAUGGUUGAGAAAGUUAAUCACGUGACUGAUACACAAGUAUGCCCUGGUAAUCCAGCAAUCUGUAUAACAGCUUCUGAAGAUGGCCAAGUAGAAAGACAGAAUGUAGUUAGUAAAGAACAACUACGAAAUAUGGAAUGUCCAACUAAAAUCAGAAAGGGAAGAAGCGAUACAGCAAGGACAACUUCAGAUGAAAGAUCUCAGGCUGGAACGGUAACUAGUUUAUUUGUAUCCUCACAAAGCUACAGCUUUCUAUUGUACUUGCCGUCUUAAUUACCAUAUCUAAAUUUUCGCGUCCAGAAAGGUUUAUGUGGAGAAAACUUGUCCCUCGCCUCUUCAAGCUACCCUGGGCGCCGAGCUAUCUAUUCUUACAUUUUCUUUCAAAACUUGGCGAACGAUUUGCAUGAGAAACAAAUAGUUGCAAGGCUAGAAGGAUGAUCCGCCUAGCCGGGAAAACUUGGUCAAGGUCUAGGCAAUCAGAACAUUCACGAGUACUGUAGGAACUUGUAGGGCAGGGGUCAACCUUAUUCUCAUGUAAACACUCGCCAACGUUAACUCGGAUGGGAGGGUAACCCUCUUUCCGGGAAAAAUUAUUCUCCUUGAAAACGGCAUGGGCCUGGGGGAGGUUCUUGCCUUUUCAUAUAUGAACCUCCUUAUCAACUGAUUUUUAGUUACCAUUCCUUUGACAGUAAAAUAUUCAUUUAAAAAGUUUUUACAAAUGAAAGUAGUGGUUUCCUGUUUGGGAUUGUAUUUCUAUCUAAUCUGGUCAAUUAAUUGUUUGUUUGUUCCUUUCUUUCUUUUGAGGUUAAAACUUCUGUUAUAGUUGCAUACAUUAGCAGCCUUGGAGUUCUGUGUUUCAUUCUUGUUCUCUUCUGUGGCGUUGGUGCAGAAUCCUCUCUUAUCGCUUCACGUAUAUGGUUAGCAAAAUGGAGUUCCACCAAUGUCACAACAUCACAGCAGCGUGACACCUUCCUUGGCGUGUAUGGUGCUUUUGGAGUGGGCCAGCUUCUUCUUAUCACCACCAUGAACCUACUUCUAGCCUACAGUUCAGUGAAAGCUGCCACAAAUUUACAUCAAGGACUUCUUAUUAACAUAAUGCACCUUCCCAUGCAAUUUUUUGAGAGCACGCCAUUGGGAAGGAUCGUAAAUCGCUUUUCAAAAGACAUUAAUUCCGUUGAUGAUAAGCUUCCACCUAUUCUGGGUCGAUUUUUAAGAACACUAUUGGCUACGCUUGGCACUAUAUGUGUGAUUAGUUAUUCCACGCCGUUGUUUCUCACGUGUGUUGCGCCUUUGACUGUUCUAUACAUUUUUAUUCAGGUACGUUACGAGGGGCUUGUGGAUUAUAUGGUAUAAUUAUAACCUAUCAGAUUGGUGGAUUCUACCCUCCUUGUCAAAAACUGCUCCAACAAAGGGUCCUGUUAAAAGAUUUACUUUAACAUUCUGGGGCAAUGAUGGUGAAUCUUUGUUUACAGGAUUGCAAAAGAGGAGAGCUCGUGUUUUUUUUUAUAAAUAGCCAUGAGUAAAUUUCGUAACUGAGUUCGUAACGAGCACCUGACCAUAGAUUGUGUUAACUGCCUGCACAUUUUUAAAACAAACCUGUUAAAAAUAAUUACACCAACUUAAAUACUGGAGGGUAAGUAUUGCAAAGGUAGCAACAGAGGAGGUAUUGCGAAUGCAAAUGGUAAUGCCUCUCAAACCCCCAUAUAUCGCAUAUACAAAUGGCCAUUAUUGUUUAGUUACGUUGAUUUAGCUCGGCGUAGUUUCACUCCACUGGCUAAAUAAGACUUAAGACCAUUGCCGGACUAGUCAGUUAGCAAAUAAAAUCGGCUUUUUUCAAAGUGCUUUUGCAGAAAAACCAUCUCCUUGGUGUAUGAUAAAUUGUUUAAGAUUUGACUGAUCUGGCUGGAUAGUUUUGAUUUAAAGUGAAAUUCUCAAUACGAUAGGAACGGUCUGGCCAGUCAGUUCUGACAAAUGGAAAGCGUCCUUUAGUAACCUUACUGCGUAAAUUACUAUAAUGUAUAUGGUAAAUUAAUCGAGUGAAUUGAUUUUUCAGAGAUUUUAUGUGUCUACAUCACGCCAACUCAGGAGAAUUGAGUCAGUGAGCCGUUCACCGAUAUAUAGUCAUUUUUUUGAAACCAUCAGUGGUACCAGCACAAUAAGGGCCUAUUCACAACAGAAGAGGUUCAUCACAGAGAUUCAUCGGCGAGUAGAUAAGGCACAUUCGGCGCAUUACGCAUACAUCUGUGCAAACAGGUGAGUGACUUACUUAUAAGACCCAUCAACAGUGUACGCUAUAUAUUAACUUGUUUUCGCUCAUUAACUUAUGUAAAGUGAUAGUAAAGGUGAAUUAUUUUUAUCGGCGUUUUUAGGUGAGCUUGUUCUGAAGGGUAGCUGCUUAGUACACGUUCUGCUUGUCGGUGGACUGCUGUCCUCCCUCCCCCCCAUUUCCGCACAGGUCUGCCCCCUUCACACAAUUCUCCUCCGGUUUAGGUCAAAUUUGUUUGCUUGUAUCUGUUGCAGGUGGUUAGCUCUACGGCUGGAGUUUAUUGGUGCUGCAAUCUUGUUCUUUGCUUCAUUAUUUGCUGUUAUUGCAAGGGAAACCAUUGCACCUGGUCUUGUUGGGUUGUCUGUGGCAUAUGCAUUACAGGUAGAUACUUACUCAGCUCUUUUUAUAUUCACCUCCGAUAAUUUGAUAACGUUAAUAUUUCCCACUUUAUUGUUUUCCAUACUAUCCUUCCCGUUUACCUCUUCCAUUAAUUAGUGUUAGGCACUUCGUGUAGAUUACGUGAUAUGAAUGAGAUUGAUAAACAUUGGUUGCUUUCUCAUCAACAACCUUAAAUACACGGCUUCAGUUAAUGUCAAGUUGUAACCCAUGGUAUAAAGGCGAUGGUCCAGGGUGUGGCACAUCUAAAAGGCUGCCGCGAUUGGACCAAUCCCAUCAUUGCUACAAACGUGUGCACCUGUGAACAUGCGUUUUUACUGGCUUAUCAUGAAAAGAAUUUUACUGAGGCAAGCUGCAGUUAAGAAUUCUGAUGUGACAGCAGCUAACAUCCUAAACUUGUAGCUAACGUUCGUGUUUGUUCCCAGAUCACUGGCUCAUUAAACUGGUUGGUGAGAUCGACCAGUGAAAUGGAAACGAAUAUUGUUUCAGUGGAAAGAAUCACCGAAUAUACAGCUAUUGACAGAGAGGUACGUAAAUACAUGGCAAGCACGAUUUUACAAUAUCUUAUCAUCCUUAAAAACAUCAUUUUGUAAUUUGAGACUUGUGGAUCCUGUGAAUUUUUGAUAGCCACGGAACACAACAGUACUGUAUAUUACAAAAAUCGCUUCUAAACGUCUGCGCAUGUCGCGUGCGCAGUUUUGGUUUUCUCGUUUAUUAUCUUUAUCAUUAUUAUAAUUAUCUUUUACUGUCUUUGUGUGAGAUUAAUUAAUCAAGCCGAGGUGGUGAGUUUACUUGCUCUUUGCAAGACGAAGCAGCUAUGGUCAUAUUUUCUAAUUGUUUUUUGACAGGCGGAUUGGGUAAUUCCAACUAUGCGUCCCGCCGACGAAUGGCCCCAUCAAGGAAGGAUAGUUGUGGAAAAUGUUGAUGUGCGCUACAGAGAAAAUCUGCCUUUAGUGCUGAAAGGCAUCAACUGUGCCAUAGCAACAAGAGAGAAGGUAAAAAGCGGUACACAUCAAAGAAAGUUUAUCUUUACAACUAUAGAAGUGACACACGAAAAACCAAGAUUUAGUUAGUAUGAAAGACACUUUUUUCUUAGGUUUUGCCUUGAUCUGAAUGGCUAAUGCUCAAAGGUUUAAAAUUGCUCAUUAAUUGGAUGUGGUCAUGGAGCUUUUGGCAACUAAACCACGUUACUUCUUUGCUGUCUGUUUGGUGUGUGCUGUCACAUUUAAAGUUUUUAUUUUGUUUUUAUAGAUCGGUAUUGUGGGUCGCACUGGGGCUGGCAAGUCUUCACUGACUUUGGCUUUGUUCCGUAUUCUGGAGAGAGCUGGAGGAAGGAUUAUUAUUGAUGACAUUGACAUUGCUAAAAUUGGACUCCAUCAUCUGCGCUCAAGACUCACCAUAAUUCCCCAGGUAGUAACAUGUAGGCACGUGUAGCGUGCAGAGGUUUUUUGAAUUAUUUUAGCGGAGCUCCACGCGUGCGCGAAGCCCCAUAGCUAAAAAAAAUGGGUUACCUGUCUAUCCAAGAAAUUUUGGUAGUCACGUGACCGUACGACCACUCGCCCGUCCCAUACAAUGGGAAAUGGUACACUUUCUAGCUAGUGUGUCUGCAACCUGAUAUUGCACAUCCAUAUUGUAGUCAACCAGAAGUCAAUUGACAGCUAUUAAAACAGGGUAUCCGCUGACAAGUAUCACAUGACCGUUUCGCGGGCUCAGGUGUCGACCCAUCGAGGUUACCUGUUUUUUUAAAGUUUACCGCUGACAAGUUUCUAGGUUUUUCUUUAGUGCAAUGUUUUUUCAUUAACAGGUGCUUCGCCUUAAGCGUCGGCUAAAUCUAUAUAUUAGCUAAUGAGGUAGAAUCUGAAGGCUCGGCCGUGUUCUGCUCUGUUUCACCGGGUUCGUACAGGUCAUGGAAAACCUGGAAAGUCGUGGAAUUUAAGAAUUUCAUUUUCAAGGCCUGGAAAGUCAUGGAAUUUAAUUUUCGGUCGUUAAAAGUCAUGGAAAAUUAUAGUUUCACCUUUGUGUGGUAGAUUAGUAAUACUGCAGAUGACAAAGCAAGGAUAACGUAAGAUAAAGAGGAGUAAUUAAACAGCGCGAACGGCACGCAUUUUGAUGGAUACCAGAGUUUGUUUCUGUUCUGUUUCUGUUGAACUGUUUAAGGGCCAAAAAUAUGCUAAAACAGGUAAAGUUUUCAAAUGUUUCGAAAGUGACAGCUAAACCUAAGGUUAUGGAAAAGUAGAAAAGGUCAUGGAAAAAGUCAUGGAAUUUGAAGAACUCAAAAAAGUACGAUCCCUGUUUCAUGAGACGCUGAUUAGACAUUCUUUUGAUUACUGAUGAGUAUUUGAAUUGAGUAUGAGAACUUUCGUAUAUCACUAACACUAAGUAGAGAUUAUCUUUGAGGAAGCGAACGAUCGCUGUUUAUGCUACAGUCUGCGGAUAUCUUUAUUAUCUAUUUACUUACGUCAGAGAUCUCAUCUAUUUACUUUGUCAUUUAAUUAUCCGAACCGUACCUUCUUCAUUCGAUCUUAGAAGCUUGUUCACUCAGUAUGUAUUUUGUGUGAAUUGUUGUUCUCCCAGGACCCUGUGCUAUUUUCUGGAACUUUUCGUUUCAACCUGGAUCCAUUCAAUAAUUACUCAGACGAGGAAUUGUGGAACGUUGUGGAGGUUACCCAGCUAAAGACCUUUAUAACGACUCAUGAUAAAGGCCUUCACUUGCCUAUCCUUGAGGGUGGCGAAAAUAUGAGGUAAGUCCUCACUAACUUUUUGAUUAAUUUUUGUGAAGGGGGCUAGUUGCCAUCGCCAAAAAAUCUGUAUAUGGGGAUAGUUACUUUAUUAUUGUCCCAUGGUCAUACUAAGAGUGUCGAUGAUGUCAAUAUAUUGAGCAAAACCAAUUUCAACUGCUGUAAACAUCACCAAGAGCGGAAUAGCGUAGACAAAGCGUAGGUAGUGUUACCGAACAAUAUUCGCUCCUUGUUUACAGCAUUGGUCAGCGACAGUUGCAUACAAAUCGUGCACGCAACGAAGCAUCUUCAUUUUAGGAACAAGAACUACUUCGGUGUCGGCGCCACCUGGACCUUUGACUACUUGAGUAAGUUGUUUGCUAAGCCGCCCUCAAACGACUGGCCACGGUUCUCACUAUUGCUCACAGGCUCAACACCAUCAUGGAUUACGAUCGGUAAGAGAAGUUACCUUUAGUGCUGGUUAUGUAGUUCUUUGUCUUAUGCUCUUUACACCUCUCACUUAUAGUCUUUUUCGACUUUUGCAACUUUCCCUACUGAGUUGGAACGCUUCCCUUUUAAAUUUUCACAUAAAGUCUUUCUGUCCUCCUCCCCCGUCCGUCCCAAACAUUUUAUCAUGUCUCUGCUGCGGUUUUUUGUUCUUCAGGGUGAUGGUCCUUAAGGAGGGAUCAGUAGCAGAAUUUGAUUCACCAUCAAAGUUGCUAUCAAGUAAAGGAUUAUUUUACUUGAUGGCCAAAGAUGCUGGUCUAGUGUAACAAACAGGUUCUCAAAAGUCCUUGGAAGGAAGUAAGAGCAGUGGUGUGAAGCCGGCACACCAGUAAAGAAAUGACUCGACAAUCAGUCAAUAAAAGUGUCGAAAGCGAUCCAUAGCCAUUUGAUAUGUGCACUAUGGGUUAUAAUGCAUAUGUCGCGAUGUCCUGUCGACCGUCGUGGCACCGUUUCUACGUAUAAGUUACAAACUAAACGUCGCUUUAAAACGAUCCUUUAUGUUGGUCCAUCCUCAUUUAACAUUACACAUCAAGCAUUGUUGAAAGUAGCAACAACAACACAAACAAAGAACAAAAACAAAUACAUAAAUAAAUAAUUUUAAUAUAGAAAAUAAUAGUCGUAAUAUUACUAAUAACAAUUUAUAUCGCACGAAUUUCAUAAGCAUGCAAGAUGAAUUACAUUGUACGAAGAUAAGGGUAAGAAAGUAGAUAAAAGGCACCAAUCUUUUUCUUAGCGUGGUGGUUGCGUUUUUUAACUGCGUUUAUCAGUAGCAAAGAUUGAACCAAGGUAGUCCAUAGUUUUGCUCAAAAAAUAGCAAUUUCUCCAUCUUUUUAUUUUAGGCAAAAUAGGCCAGGAAAAUGUUUCACGAUUUUCUACAAAGAAAAAACGUAUUUCUCGCCAAU